AAUGCAUAUGUCAUAACAAAUAAAAAAUUAAAAUGUAUUCUAUUUUAUAUUAAAAAAUGGGUGCCAUGUAGAAAAUUGUUCCUGUAAACUGUGCAAAACGAAAGAAAAUUCAAGAAAUGAUAGAAAAGAAAAAAGAUCUAAAGGUUGAUUUAUGUAAAUUAUACGUAUACUUAUAAAGAAUAUUCAACAAAAUUUCCUUUCGGCAAAAAAAAAAAAACAUGACCGACCCACUAGCUAAAAGUUUUGCAUCAGAAACCUUUAAUCCAGAAAAAUUUGUGAAAGAUCUAAGUGCUCAAUGUGUGGGAGCCGAUGAAUUACGAAAACAACGAGCAAGAAUUCAGGAACUUGCAGACAGUACAUCUGCACAGCUCAAGCGAAAUGUUUAUCAAAAUUAUAUGCAAUUUAUUGAGACAGCCAAGGAGAUAUCGCAUCUUGAAAGUGAAAUGUAUCAAUUGUCACAACUUCUCAGUGAACAACGUACAUUAUUAAGUUCACUAGGAACCACUGGAACGACCGGUAUUAUAUUUGAUGGGGCAUUCGAUGCAUUGCAAGAAAAUGCAAACGAUUUAAUAACAAAGGAAGACGAGCAAAAGGAGAAAUUAAUACAAUUAUUGGAAAAUGUCGAAGGCGCCUCGGGUUUAGUUGAAACACCGGGUCGAGUGUGCCUUCACGAAGGAUCUUUACUGGAACUAGAUCCCUUAGAAGGAACUCCAUUAAAAAGAGUUCACGCUUAUUUAUUCAAUGAUGUUCUAAUGGUUGCCUCAUGGUUGGCGACUGGUGCUAGACGAGGUCCUCCUAAAUAUAAAAUGCAGGCCGUUUACGAUAUACAAAGUUUAGCAAUUGUUAAUGUCAGAGAUCUUGGAACUGUAAAAUUGGCUUUUAAACUUUUGGCCUUUCCCGACACGAGGGUCUUUCAGUGUGCAACUGCAACGAGCAAGAAAGAAUGGCUGGAGAAGUGUGAACAAGCAAAGAAGGCGAAAUUGUCCGAAGAAAUACCAUCAGAGUCGACGAAAAUUAAUAAAAAGGAAGAUCAUUUAUUGUCUUCUCGUUCAAUGUCACUGGAAUCAACUACAAUAGGUGGGGAUGACAAUGAAAAUAUUGAAUGUGAACCACUUCCCGAAUGGGUUGUCGAAGUACCCGAGGAUUUGGAUUCGUGUAUUGCACAACGACAUUUUGAGGAAGCCUAUCAUCUUUUGGAGAAAGCGAAAAAUUAUUUAGACUCUGCACAUGCAACGUCACAUUUAACUGAAAUGAAAACAAAAAUCAACGAAAGGGCCAAUUCAUUGGUUGAUGUGCUCACGAAAGAAUUGGAAUUGAGUGCGGAGGCGAAAUCAUUGCAAGGAGGCGGUUUACGAAGUGCACGACGUGCAGUUAGAAUUCUCAUACAACUUGACAGAAGUGCUCAAGCUUGUCAAUUGUAUUUAAAAUUAUGUAGCGCCGCCCUCAAGGCUCGAUUGAAACGAGUUAAACGCGAGGGUGCAACAGUGCCUUAUAUUAAGCAAUUAAGUGCUAUUGCUUUUAGUAAUAUUGUUGAAAUGUCGCGAGAAUUUUUGAAAAUUUUCCCCGAGAACACGAAUUGUACUUCAGCUUUACUCGUUUGGUGCAGUCAUGAAAUAAAACAUCUUACCUCACAUCUAAUUAAACAGAUGUUUAUUCCUCAAGUUUCGAUAAGCACUCUAGUAGAAUGCAUCGUUGCAGUUAGAAGUCAUUGCGAUCAAUUAUCUCAGUUGGGCAUGGAUUUUCGUUAUCAAUUGGACGGACAACUUCGUACGCCGUUAGCAAAAGCUUUGCAGGACGCCGGCGAAAAAUAUGUGGACGCUGUGAAACUUCGCGCUUCCGAUGACACGUGGCGUCCAUCAAAUCUUCAAACAAGUCAAAAUUUAAGUAAACUUUCAACGGAAUUAGACGAUCUUGGAAUUCCCGUGCCAACGAGUUGUUUGACGAGUGACUGUUGGAUUUCACUGACAACAAAUACUUUAGCGUUUUCAAGAUUGUACAUAGGAUUAUUAGAAGACUGCCUUAGUGUAACAACACCCGAACUUAUUUCAACUGUCGAAAAUGUUCUCACUUCCGUUAUGAGAGCACAAGUGCAACACAUCACAGCUUCACUCUCAAAUCCCCGACUAAAACAAGAGAAACAAUUGGUGCAAGAGAAUGCGGCGUACGUUCGAGAAGUGAUAAUUGCACGCGCUCUGGAACUUUACAAAAGUGUUACGAGGCAAAAGUUCGUUAAACUAAUUGCACUUAAAGAACAAAUAAUAUUUGGCCCAUUAACUCCAAAUAAACCAAAGCCUGCCCCGAGGACUUCAGUUCAAAAAUACUCUACAACCGAAUACAUUUAAUGUCAUGAAUUUGAUAUUAAAUAUGUUAUAUGGAAUGUCAAGAGAAUUAAAUCAUUAUCUUCCGUAUAUAUAUAUGUUAAUAUAAUCUAUUGUAUAUAUGAAUUAAUGAGAAUAAAUCAAACCUAAUUUAA